UGAUCUCUAAAAUUUUUAUAUUGCUUGUGUUAUUUUAUUUUGGCUAGAUCGCUUUGGAAUGAUAAUGAAAAUUUAGGAAGAAGAUGGUUUCGACGCUACUUACUUGGUUAAAGGAAAAUAUGCAACUGAAACUUAUGCACAAGCGCACCUACGUUUCAUGCAAACUGCGCAAGUCCUUUCGUAAACGUAACUUUCUAGGGAGUGGUAUUUCGACAUUUGAUUGAUGGUUCCAAUCUGGUUACUACAAAAGAACGCUUGCAAGAUAUCAGAGGUUUGAAGUGGCACUUCGUCAUUUGUAAAGGAAGGCAGAGGUAGUUCCUGACAACAGGUUAUCACAGCCGAAACUGUUGCAACCUGCUCUGUUUCAGAUACCAGCAAGUGUGGAGUAACCGAGACCUCUGGUAAAUUAAGUAUUUCUUUGAUCACCACUGUUGAAAAAUAACUAUAAGGAAACAGAUUGAAAGAUGGUAAGUAGAAAAUGAAAUUUCGACAAACAAAUUUAUGCAUUGAGUUUUACCAUUAUAUUAAAAGAUCGACUUGUCUAAAAGAGCGCGCCACUUUUUCGUCAAAUUAGUAAGUAAAACCAGAGCUAGAUUUCACGUGCCUUGCUUCUUUGCUCGCAAUCGUUUCCUUGCGCAUCGCGUUAGCUCCAUGAUUACUUUGCUAGAUUGCCUGUGUAAUUUGUGAUUGACCAGAAUGAUUAAGACAGUUGAAGACCAAUUUAUAUGUGUUUAUUUAAAUGCGAAUACGUUGAUAGUCUUAAUGGUAAAAAGUUCCCGUGUCCAAAGCUCGUGUAACUAAACGUUGAUUUUUCGCUCGUUAGGAUUUCUAUAAAGUUCAUUGAACCUGUUUGCGUGAUUGCGUGUACGUGGACUGUAUCUUUGUUCUUUACAGAUCAUGCUCCGUGUCGUCGUACUUUUAUUUGUCCUAUGCGUUUUUGCAAAAAGAGAAUUAACCAGUGAAGAACAGGAAUUCAAAGGUCUGGAGGCACAUAACAUUUUCCGACAGAUUCACCAAGUUCCCCAGAUGACACUGAACGGAGAAAUGUGUAAGGAGGCUGAGGAUUAUGCCAAAAUUCUCGCACGGAAGGGAAGCCUCGAACACUCAAAAGAGACCAAUGAUGGCGAAAACCUUGCCUUUUCUUGUUCCUCUGAUGACAAGACCCAAACCGUGGGAGAGGCCGUGAAAAACUGGUACAAUGAGGUCUGCAAACCAGGAUACAAUUUCAAGAACGGCGGUUUUAGUGCUGGAACAGGACAUUUUACGCAAGUGGUAUGGAAAGGUAGCACGGAUCUUGGAAUUGGAGUAGCUACGGGCAAUAAACACGGCAUGAAGUGUACGUACAUAGUCGCCAGAUACAGACCGGCGGGAAACUUCAUGGGGAGGUAUCAAGAAAAUGUGUUAAAGGGUAGCUUUGACGCUGAACGGGUUUGCGCCUCAGUUAACAAACUCGUGCCCUGAUCUUCUACUCUUUAACGUCAACAGUGGUGUUCCAGUUGAGAAAUCUGAGCCUGCUGAUUGUUCUAAGUUAACUUAUUUCGAAGAAAACUUCCUAUACGCGCCAGCGUAACAAAUGGCUUAUUUCGUGGAAAAUAUACGUAUUAGACAUGGACUUCAUUCAUAGCUGUAACUUGUCUGAAUUAAAAUAAUAUUAUAAUAAAGCGCGCGCGCGCUUGUCCCACCGUACGUAAUUCCAUGGUAAAAAUCUCUAUGUACGCACGGCCGUGCGCAAAUAACAUGACGUGCGGCAGUUUCAUUUUAGCUGCAAAAUUUCCGUCGAGUUUAGCUUCAAGUUCACCUGUUAUUUUGGUUUAACAACUAAACCAUAAAAGUACAAACUCUUAGAGCUAAAGCUUUGUGGAAAAUAGCUGAGAUUACAUGUAUCACUGGUAUCAUUAUUAUAGAAAAAGCCAUUCGUUAUCCGAGUUUAAGGUCAUUCCCCAUUAUUGCAUUGCGCAUCCCUACUGCGUA